UCAUCAGAACAGGAGCGGAGGCAGACAUGAGACAUUUAGCACAGAAAUGUACAGGAGGCGCAUACCGUUUUAUGCUACACACAGAUAACACCACUACCGGAUCCAGUUUAUAGCCAGCCCGUUAACCGUUGGAAUCUCCACUAAGCGAUCCGUCCAUGCGAAGCCUAGCCUUGCUUCUAGUACCGUGUGUUGUCGCGGUAGUGGUGCACUUCUGGUUGUGGACAAACAGAGCGACCAUCUCGGAGAAAGAUUCUGAUGAGGACUCGGCAGCAUCUCCCUGUGGUGAGGUGCUGGUGGGGGUGUUGUCUGCCAGGCAUCACUAUGAUCUCAGACAGGCUAUAAGAGAGACGUGGUUGGGAUACCUCCAGGACCAUACACACUACCAACGCAGGGUGCAAGUGAAGUUUAUCAUUGGGAAACGCGGCUGUCCUAUUCCAGAGGAGGACAGAGAGGAUCCCUACUCAUGUUCCCUCUUGAACCUCACAGACCCAGCUCCAGGACAGGAUACGGAGAUGGAGCUGGUGGAGGUGUCUGACCCGUCUGUCCUUGUCCCUGGGGAGGUCUCCUCUGUGGCCCUGGACUUUAAGGUCCUCCACCCCCUAGUCAUCACCAGGUUGGGGGUGUUCCCUACUGGACCUCACAUGGAGAUAGAGGGGAAUGUCACCGUCAGGCUGCUGCAGCUGGAACAACAGGAGGCAGUGUUGACGGCCUGCUUCAGCCCGCUCAGUCCUGGGACAAGUCUGAAUGGUGUGUGGCACAAACCAGUGGAGUGGUUCAUUCUGCCCAAGGGCUUUGAGGGGACUCUGGUCUGGGAGAGUCCUGACUUAGCUGGUCUGACUACGGUCAACACAUCCCGGGUGAAGCUGAACAACGGGGGAGGGGUCCUCAAGUUUUCCUCUAUCGAUGAGGGGAUGUUGCCUCACAGGAGUGCUCUGGGCUUCCCAGGGUUGGCUGGAGGGUUCACCUUCAAAAUCCAUGACAAUGCCUCCCUGUGGGAGGUGCUGCAUGGCCGACAGGGGCGGAUCCAGAGUCACGGCACCAGACUGCAGAUGGAGGACAGGUCUCUGGAGCAGGAGGGACUGCGAUAUGGAGACAUAGUGUUUGUGGAUGUAGUAGAUACAUACAGGAACGUGCCUUCUAAACUACUGCAGUUCUACAAGUGGUCGGUGGGAAACGCUGCGUUUGAUCUGCUCCUGAAGACGGAUGAUGAUUGUUAUAUUGACGUGGACAAGGUUUUAAUGAAGAUCGACCACAAGGGCCUGAAGAGACACAACUUCUGGUGGGGGAAUUUCCGUCAGAGCUGGGCGGUGGACCGCAUUGGGAAGUGGCAGGAGCUAGAAUACGCCAGUCCAGCCUACCCGGCCUUCGCCUGCGGCUCGGGGUACGUGGCCUCCAGGGACCUCGUCCAAUGGCUGGCCAGCAAUGCAGAGCAACUCAAGGCCUACCAGGGGGAAGAUGUGAGCAUGGGGAUCUGGAUGGCUGCUGUUGGACCACAGAAAUACCAGGAUGCAGGCUGGCUGUGUGAGAAGGACUGCUACCAGGACAUGCUGUCGUCGCCCCAACACUCCCCCGAGGAGCUCCGCUCGCUCUGGGCUAGGAAGAGGGCCUGCGGGGACCCCUGUGGAUGUCCCUGGGGACACAGCUAACAUUAGCUAACAGUCUGGGAUGGUAGUUAGCUAACAUUCUGGGCAGGUAGUUAGCUAACAUUCUGGGCAGGUAGUUAGCUAACAUUCUGGGCAGGUAGUUAGCUAACAUUCUGGGCAGGUAGUUAGCUAACAUUCUGGGCAGGUAGUUAGCUAACAUUCUGGGCAGGUAGUUAGCUAACAGUCUGGGCAGGUAGUUAGCUAACAGUCUGGGCAUGUAGUUAGCUAACAGUCUGGGCAGGUAGUAAGCUAACGGUCUGGGAGGGAAGUUAGCUAACGGUCUGGGAGGGUAGUUAGCUAACGGUCUGGGAGGGUAGUUAGCUAACGGUCUGGGAGGGUAGUUAGCUAACGGUCUGGGAGGGUAGUUAGCUAACGGUCUGGGAAGGUAGUUAGCUAACGGUCUGGGAAGGUAGUUAGCUAACGGUCUGGGAAGGUAGUUAGCUAACGGUCUGGGAAGGUAGUUAGCUAACGGUCUGGGAAGGUAGUUAGCUAACGGUCUGGGAAGGUAGUUAGCUAACGGUCUGGGAGGGUAGUUAGCUAACGGUCCGGGCGGGUGGUCCGGGCGGGUAGUUGGCUAGCUAACGGCCCGGGCGGGUAGUUGGCUAGCUAACGGCCCGGGCGGGUAGUUGGCUAGCUAACGGCCCGGGCGGGUAGUUGGCUAGCUAACGGCCCGGGCGGGUAGUUGGCUAGCUAACGGCCCGGGCGGGUAGUUGGCUAGCUAACGGCCCGGGCGGGUAGUUGGCUAGCUAACGGCCCGGGCGGGUAGUAACCUGUUCACUGCAAACAAGAGCGUUGUUGAACACAACUCUAGGUAUCAUCGUCUCAGUAGGAUUGCUGAUCUAGGAACCGGUCCCUCCUAUCCGUGUUAACUUAUUAAUUAUGAUCUAAAAGGCUAAGCUGAUCCUAGACCAGCACUCCGAGACGCUUGACACAUACAGCCCCUGGUCUCUGCAGUGUAUAAAACAUUAGGAACACCUUCCUAAUAUUGAGUUGCACCUGUUCAAAAGCACUUAAAUAUUUUGUCUUGCCCAUUCACCCUCUGAAUUGCACACAUACGCAAUCCAUGUCUGAAAUAUCUCAAGGAUAAAAAAUCAUUCUUCAACCUGUCUCCUCUCCUUCAUCUACACUGGUUGAAGUGGAUUUAACAAGUGACAUCAAUCAGGGAUCAUAGCUUUCACCUGGAUUCACCUGUUUAGCCUGUCAAGGUAAGAGCAGGUAUACCUAAUGUUUUGUACACUGUGUCUAUUUCAACGCUGAGGACUUCAGUGAUUGACGGGGAUACUGGUUUCAGGUUUCUGAACAGUGACAUUUCCUGUCAAAAGGCAGGAUGCCAUCGUAACCAAAUGUAAAGUGCUGAAUGAUGUGGGAGAGACACGGUUGACCAUGUUACGGUUCAUUCUACUGGUGUUAUUUAGUAAAUUAUUCUCCCAAACUA